UUGGAUAAUGUGAACCAUACGGUAACGCCCCCUUCUUCCAGUGAUAAUGGAGGUGGUUUCGUCUACUAGUAAAACUUCUAUCAAAGUUCUUGUUUAGUGUUUUGUAAAUUAUUGAAAGUUUAUCUUUUAAUCGACGUCUUUAAUGCAAGGUCAAAUAUGACAUAUAUAAAAGAAAACAAAGACCUUGCUCUGUAUUUUGUUACAAAGCAUUCAUGGAAGGGAAGGUAUAAAAGAAUAUUUUCUGUGGGAACACUUGGAAUUACUACAUAUAAUCCUAGCACAAUGGAAAUUACGAAUCAGUGGCCUUAUAAUGAAUUUAUUAGUAUAGCACCUAAUCUAAAAGGUCAAAUAAGUAAUGAAUUUUUAAUAACAAUGAAAAAAGGAAAAAAGACAGAUACUAUGCGCUUUUCGUCUGAUCACCGUCCAGAUAUUUUGACAGAGGCCUUGAAAUUUAGACAUCAAUUUGCAGAACCUCCAUCCACAAUUCUUGUAAGUUCAGUUUUUUAUACAAA